AAAGCAAAAACAAGAAGCUUUUACUGUCUACUACCGUUUAUUCUCGCGAGAUAUACGCUGAAGCGUCAGGCGCGGGUUCGCGGAACAGUUCGGUCCACUUGUGUCCUAUAGAGCACCGCUGUGCGUCAACGAAGAAACUCCAUUAAACCAGGAUGUCUAAAAGAAAGAGUGGUUCACUCAGUGAACGUCACAACAAACGAGUUAGACCUGCGGAGGAUGAGGAUGAGGAAGAGGAUGAUGGAGGAAUUAGUGAUGAUCAGAACGACCCUCUUCUCAGCCAGGUCCAGCGUGCUGGUGACAUUGAGAGCGAUGCAGGGAUCGUGGAGAGCAUCACCCUGAAGAACUUCAUGUGCCACUCACUACUGGGACCAUUUGCCUUUGGUUCCAAUGUUAACUUUGUUGUUGGCAACAAUGGAAGUGGGAAGAGUGCUGUCUUGACUGCUCUCAUAGUGGCAUUAGGGGGAAAUGCUCAAACUACCAACAGAGGAUCAUCCCUCAAAGGUUUUGUGAAAGAAGGAGAAAGCUCAGCUGAUGUAUCCAUCACCCUGCGUAACAGAGGCAGAGAUCCUUACAAACCCGAGGUCUAUGGUCAGUCCAUCACUGUUGACCUCAGAAUAACGCGUGAGGGGUUGAGAACAUAUAAACUGAGGAGCAAGUCAGGUCAGAUUAUCUCAUCAAAAAAGGAAGAACUGAUGUGCAUCCUGGACAACUUUAACAUUCAGGUUGACAAUCCUGUAUCAGUUCUUACUCAAGAGAUGAGUAAAUACUUCCUUCACUCCAAAGGGGAAGGAGACAAAUAUAAGUUUUUUAUGAAGGCUACACAGCUGGAUCAGAUGAGAGAAGACUUUAUCUACAUCAAAACCACAAAGAAUGUCACACAGGAUAAAGUUGUGCAACAUAGCGAACACUUGAAAGACAUUAGGCAGAUGUUUCGUGAGAAAGAGGAACGUUAUAAGAGCCUGGCAUCACUGGAUGAAAUGUUCACCAAACUGGAGGAACUGCAGAAACAGAUGGCCUGGGCUUUGGUGACAGAGAUGGAGAAGGAACUGGAGCCAAUGAAGGAGAAGCUGCAGUCAGACACAAGGUUGACAGACAAAUAUGACGAGAAGGUUGAGGAGUGGAAGCACAAAAUUGAAGAAGCAGAGAACAAGUACAAGCAAAUCCAGGAGCGGUUGGAGGCCAUCACCCAGCAGGUGCAGGAGCUUCAGGCCCCAUGUGCUGAGUUUAAGGCUGGGGCCCAGAGACACAACCAUCAAGUCAAGUCCAGUGAGUUCACUGUCCACCUAUGUAGGGCCACCCUGAGGGACCUGGAAAAGGACAAGGCUCAGCUGUCGUCAAGAAUAAAUGAUCUGAAGCUGAGCAUAAGUCAGACAAGUGGAGCAGAGAGUCAAGCCAGAACAGAGCAUAUGGAGCAGAUCAAAGCUGAGCUGGAGAACUUGACACACCAGAUCUCCACUCUGGGCCAGCAAACUGACCAGUAUCAGCACGCCUGCGUCAGAUUAAAGGAAAAGAAAGAAAAAAUAAGGGCAGAGCAGAUGAUUCUUCAGAGAUCCAUUGAUACCAAUGAAAAGAACAAGAAAAUUCUGAUGAGCAGUCGUUCCAAUCGCCUGCGUCGUUUUGGAGAACACAUGCCUGCGCUUCUGGCUGCGAUCGAGGAGGGCUGUAAAAGGGGCCGCUUCAAGCAUAAGCCCAGAGGACCUUUAGGUCACCUCAUUAGUCUGAAGGAUCCAGAACUGGCACUGUCGGUAGAAGUUUGUCUUAAGAACCUGCUGCUGGCCUUUGUCUGCGACAACCAUGAUGAUGAGAAGGUUCUGCAGGGCCUCAUGACCACAGUGCUCCAAAAAGGCCGCAGACCUGUCAUCAUUACCAGCAAGUUCCUACCACGAGUCCAUGACACCAGGAGGAAAGCUGUGAAUGACCCUAAAUACCCUUCCGUGCUCCAAGCUCUAGACAUUGAGGAUCCAGUUGUGGCAAACUGUCUGAUAGACCAGCGGGGCAUAGAAAGUAUUCUGCUUAUUAAGAAUCGUACAGAGGCUCGGCGGGUGAUGCAGGGUGGAAGCCCACCUCAGAACUGCACACAGGCCUUCUCUCAGGAAGGAGACCAGAUUUUCACCAACCGCACCUAUUCUGCUGAACAGACCAGAGCUAACUACCUGUCUGGCGAUGUCGAGGAAGAAAUCAGACAUUUGCAGAGGGACAUUGAGAACCAGAGGGCUCAGAAAACACAAUUCAUGCAACAGACAGAAAAAUUAGAUGAAGAGCUCAGACAGAAUGAAGGGCUGCUAAAAAGAGUGUGCAUGGAGCAGAAGGCUACCAAAGAUAAAGCUACAAAGCUACAGCUGGAGUUGACAGACCUGCAGAAUGUGGAGGAGCCUCAGUCGGAGGACCUCAACCCUCUGGAGGAGGACCUUCAGGAGAUCGUCACUAAGAUCUCCUCCAAGCAAGAAGAGUAUGAGCAGGCACGCGCUCACUUGAGCAACAUGAAGGCUUCGUACGAAGAAGCAGAGCAGAAGUACAAGCAGCUGAAAGAGCAGAUCAACACCAUCAGAGAAGAAGCUGAUCCAAUCAAGGACGAGCUGAGUAAGACUGACCAGGAGGUGAUGAAGAGCAAGCAUCACAGAAAACACUACGAAGAAAAACGUCAGGCACAUCUUCUCAACAUUCAGUCACUUGAAGCCAAUGUGGAGAGCAUGACCAGAAAACUGGAAGCCUCAUUAUCCAAGGCCACGGAGAUCUGUCCAGAACGUCAGGAAAUCCGUCGAACAGCCAAAAGCCUGGACACUGAGAUCAGCCGUCUCAAGGUUAAGAUCAGUACCCAGCAGGAACAACAGGGGGACCGUGAGGAAAUCGUAAGACAGUACAGUGAGGCUCUGAAGAACUACAAGAACGUCACACAACAGGUGAAGAGCCUCAACACCUUCAUCAAGUGCCUGGACAACAUUAUGAACCGCCGACUCUAUGUAUAUGCUGAGCUCAGGAGAUUUCUCUCAGCUCGUUGUAAAUACUACUUUGACAACAUGUUGAAUCAGAGAGGCUACACUGGGAGUAUGACAUUUGACCACAAGAAUGAAACCCUUUCCAUCACUGUGCAUCCAGGCCAGGGGAACAAAUCUGACUCGGGUGAUAUGCGUUCUCUGUCUGGAGGCGAGCGUUCCUUUUCCACCGUCUGCUUCGUGCUGUCUCUAUGGGCCAUCACGGAGGCGCCUUUCCGCUGUCUUGAUGAGUUUGACGUCUACAUGGACAUGGUGAAGAGGAGGAUAUCAAUGGACAUGAUGCUGAAGGUGGCUGCUGGGCAGCUCUCCAGACAGUUUAUAUUCCUGACUCCACAGAGCAUGGGCACACUUCCUGUGAGCAAAAUCAUCCGUAUUCUGCGAUUAAAAGAUCCAGACCGCAGCCAGAACAACACACCAGCAAAUCAAGACAGCGGCUAAUAGCAUUGUUGGCUCACUUGUUUAAAUCUUAAUGCUGAAUAAGUGCAGCCACAUGUUCUCGAUCACCCAGGUGGGCUUCAGUUGCCUCUUUGAUUGUCUUUUUCCUGUCAUUAAUAUCUUGAAUAAAUCUUUUAUAUUAAACUAUAAA